CGCGGUGCUGCCCUCCGCCCAUCCUCGCCGGACGAUGAUUCUCUGGUUCUGGCCGCACUGUCCAUGAGCCGCGAGUCUCAUGGAUGGCUCCUUCUCCUGCAGGUACAUACUCUGCAAACGUCCCGCCCUCCUGCGCGAUCAAGGCCAACUCUGGCAGCAGCAUGGCCUUCGCGGAUUGGCCAUGCCCUCCAACAUCGAUACCUCCUCAUGAUUGUACAUAUGUGGCGGGACUGCCUGCACCUCAAUCAGGCGUUGCCGGCACUCCUCAGGAGACGGCGGUUUGCGAGGGCCACCCGCGUUACCGGCACGGCGGUCAUUCCCUUCGAUUCGAACGCCGGUUUGAUGAAGGACGACGCCGGGCUGCAGUACGAAUGAUGGCGGGCUUGAAACGACAGCCAAUCCAUCCCCUUCUGCCCCAUCACAAAAAUCACAAACACCUUGCAAGCAGGCCGAGCUUUCUCUAUCACUUGCGGGUGCUUCCUCCGCCCCCGCAAUCCUAGCCGCAUCGGAUGCGCAUCCAUUGGUGCUAUUCACCGACUGAUACUUGGCAGGCUGAAAACUUUCUGCCAGGCUGUUGGCAGCCCCGUCUCAUCCUCCCCAGUCAUGUUAUGCAGCCGAGCACGUCAACCUACCCCAUCAGGCCAUCCGGAUCCUGCGACAUCGUCGAUCCGAGGUAUCCCAGAGAAGACAUGGACUUCCUGG